AUGGAGAUAUCAGUUCCGGUGCAAACAACCGUUGUGGUCAAGCCAUUUAUCGAGCUGGUGAGGCUUAUAGCUAUGAGUUUCUAUGAUGAUUACAUAUCAAAAAGCAAUAAUCAGAAGAAAUCUGCAACAAAUGACAACAGAGGAAUUGCUGUUGUGGUGCUCAACGCGCUUACAAGACGUCAAUGGGUUAGUGAAGAAGAUUUGGCGAUGGAUUUGAAUUUGGGCGCUACGCAGAUUCGGAAAAUAAUAAGACACUUUGAAGAAGAAAAAUUGGUCACGCGUUACCAAAAGAAAGAGACUGUAAAACGUGCAAAGCCAAAGACAGUGGCUGCUACAACUAAUGGCCAAGCAGAGAAGUUCCGCCCGCACUAG